CGCUAGCGUGGAAAAAACCCCCUAUCCUGCUCUACUGGCCUAAAACCCUACAAAAACUCCUCUGGCGAUGAAGCUCCUCUCCAGUCUCCCAUGGCUGAAUAACUACUGCUCUGCGUAAAACCCUCAAAAUACGAAAAGCUGAAAAUGGCAGCAUCAAGAUUUUCGCUAUUGGGCUCUGCGGCACUCUUCCUCCGUUCCCGCAAACCCCUAAUUUUGAAACCUCCUCUCUUGUCCAACAAGCCGUUCUCCCUCAAGCACCUACAGUUCCACCUUUACAGUUCUUCCACCGCACUCGACGCAGUUUCCAGUGAUAACACUGAAACCUUAAGCUUUCACCAUCCUUGGCCUGAAUGGGUGACCUUCGUCGACCACUUGAAGACAAAGGGGUACCUUAUGGAAGCUGCCUCCGUGAAAGCCGAGAGUGAGAGUGCCUCUUACGGUGACAGUGAUGCUGAUAAUAGUGUUUACCAAGACAUUAAUUUGUUGAAAGAUCCUUGCCUCAGCUUUGCCCGUGACCGAUAUGAUAUCUUCAAAUUAUUGUCUAUGCAAGAUGUUCAGACAGUUGUAGAGGCUGGAUGCCCUAACCUUUUCAGGAAAGCUGUUAAUUCUGCGAAAAGGUUGAGAGCUCAUGUGCGACUGGAUGAAGGGGAUGUUUGCAGUGCUUGCAAUUUGAGAGGUUCCUGUGAUAAAGCAUAUGUGAUUGUAAAGGGAUCUGAAGGAACUGCUCGAACUGUGGAUAUAGUGCGUAUAUUGUUGUUCUACGCACUUGAUCCACUUGUCUUUUCUCAAAAGAAGCCUCCUGGUAGACAGCUUGUGGAAGAAUCUGCGAGGAAAUUAAUCUCCGAGCUGAUUGAAUUGAGUGAGAUAUCCCCUAGUCCUCCAUCACCAAAACCUGCUCCGGCCAAAGCUUCAAAACAAAAGGAAACAGCUAUUGACAUUGAUGAUGAUGAACUGCCUCCAAAUGUUGAGAUGAAGAGAGGAGAUUGGAUGUGCCCCAAAUGCAAUUUCAUGAAUUUUUCAAGAAAUGUACAAUGUCGAGAAUGCAAGGAAGAUGGCCCCAAAAAAGUUGGUGGUGCUGCUGAUAUUGAGAUGAAGAAAGGAGACUGGAUCUGUCCUGAAUGUAGUUUUAUGAAUUUUUCUCGAAAUACUAGAUGUCUAAAGUGUAAAACAGAAGGACCAAAGAGGCUUUCUACAGAUGAAGUAGAGAUGAAGAAAGGAGACUGGAACUGCCCAAAAUGCAACUUCAUGAAUUUUGCCAGUAACAAAAGAUGCCUAAAGUGCCGGGAAUCACGGCCCAAGAGACAGUUGAAUCCUGGAGAAUGGGAAUGUCCCUCAUGCGAUUUCUUGAACUAUCGGAAGAAUAUGGUCUGCCUCAAGUGCAAUUGUGAGCGGCCCAAAGAUACAAGAACCGAUCAUGAAGAACAUUUGUGGAAGAGACCUAAUGCCAGAUCCAAGUAUUAGAUCCAUUGACAAGGGCAGAUGCAAUCGCUUCAUGCGUGGGAGAUAUUUAGAGGCUCUUAGUGUAUGAUCAUUCCAUCAUAUGCUACCUUUGGAAACUUAUGUUCAUGAAAUGAACUUUGUUUGGGCGUCAGCAAAUAUGUUUUUUCUUUUCUUUUCUUUUCCUUAUUUUUGUUUUGAACCGUAGUUAUGAUUAUUGUCACAAAUUUUUUAGUUUAAAUAUUAAAUUUGACAAUGAUUCUGUAAGGAAA